UUNGGUUGUCUUCUACCUGUUCAUGCUUGCAAAGACAUAAACAGCUGAAGGGUGCUGUUGAUUAGCCCAUUUUCUCUUGCAGACAGCCAUAGGUGCAUGCAUUGGUUAGAAAUGAACUUUGAUGCUCUUUGAGGACUGGACUAAUCACUAUGAGCGCUUCUAUGACAUAAAGGCAUAUUCAAAGGAACUCCUCAUAGGAUUUAGUUAUUUAGCUGGUUUUAUUCAGCUAAGUUUUGGUAUACACUACAGUUGACUGUCCUUGCUCACGAUAAUCUCAUUUAGCAAUGCGUUCAUGGUGGGGUAAGUCUUCAUCUAAGGAUGUAAGGACGAAAUCCAAGAAGGAACGUUUCAUUGAUACAAUAAGUAGGAAACUGAAGAUUUUCACUGAGGAAAAAUCAAGUGGUAAAUCUGGAUCAUCUCGAAGACGAUGUAAUGAUAUUAUUUCAGAAAAGGGUUCUCAAUCAAGGGUUUCCAGGUCACCAUCACCUUCUACGCCAGCUUCAUGCUGUCAGAGCUUUGUUGAUAGGACUUCUUCUCAACCACUUCCCCUUCCUGAGGGUCACUUUUCUAAUGUACAUCUUGUCGACUCUGCGAACAGUGCAUCCAUAAAAUCAGUGACCAGUGGAGACUCCAAGCCAUCAUUGACUUUGCCUCUUCCCACGCCUAGGCAUCUUUCAUAUGGACCAGUUGCUACAGGGGUUGACAAGGACUUACCAACUGCUUCUGUUUCAUGUGACAGCUCCAGUGACAGUGAUGACCCUGCUGACUCACGGCUUCUUAGCCCCCAAACAUCUGAUUGUGAAAACGGGAGCAGAACUGCCUUGAAUAGUCCUUCCAGUUUGAAGCAGAAGGUUCAAUCUCCUAUUGCAUUCAAAGCAAGUCCAGGAGAGAUGUUGAAGUCAGCUAAUCUUUUGUCUAACAAUCAGGUGAUCCCUACAUCUCCUAGACAGAGGCUUUUAAACUCUCAUGUGGCAGACUUACAGAUUCCUCAUCAUGGUGUUAUCUAUAGUGCUCCUGACAGCUCGAUGUCAAGUCCUUCAAGAAGUCCCAUGAGGGUAUUUGGGCAUGAACCGGUCAUGAACUUUGGUUUCUGGCUAGGGAAGCCACAUGGAGACAUAACCUUAUUAGGAUCAGGGCACUGCUCUAGUCCAGGUUCAGUCCAGAAUUCAGGACAAAAUUCAAUUGGAGGUGAUAUGUCAGCACAGCCCUUUUGGCCACACAGCAGGUGUAGUCCUGAGUGUUCACCUGUACCUAGCCCCAGAAUGACUAGUCCUGCUCCUGGCUCUAGGAUACAUAGUGGUGCUGUAACUCCUUUGCAUCCUCGAUCUGGUGGGACAUCGGCUGAAUCUUCCAUAGCCUGGCUUGAUGAUGGAAAACAACAAAGUCACCGGCUGCCUCUUCCUCCCAUAUCAAUCCCUCAUUCUCAUUUUUCUCCAUAUUCAGUGGCUCCUGCAAUUCUGCGAAGUCCUGGUAGGACAGAAAAUCCUCCAAUCCCAGGGUCACGAUGGAAGAAAGGACGUCUGAUUGGCAGAGGCACAUUUGGACAUGUGUACCUUGGUUUUAACAGUGAAAGUGGUGAGAUGUGUGCAAUGAAGGAAGUAACACUUUUUUCAGAUGAUGCUAAGUCGAGAGAGAGUGCACAGCAACUUGGACAAGAAAUAUCACUGCUAAGUCGGUUGCGCCAUCCAAAUAUCGUGCAAUAUUAUGGAUCUGAGUCGGUAGAUGACAAACUAUACAUAUACCUUGAGUAUGUCUCUUGUGGUUCAAUCUAUAAAAUUCUUCAAGAAUAUGGUCAGUUGGGUGAGCUAGCAAUUCAAAGUUACACCAAGCAAAUUUUGUCUGGGCUAGCAUAUUUGCAUGCUAAAAACACAGUGCAUAGAGAUAUUAAAGGGGCAAACAUACUGGUUGACCCAAGUGGCCGCGUUAAAUUGGCAGAUUUUGGGAUGGCAAAACAUAUAACUGGUCAAUACUGUCCUUUGUCUUUCAAGGGAAGUCCUUAUUGGAUGGCACCUGAGGUUGUUAAAAAUUCAAGUGGUUGCAAUCUUGCGGUAGAUAUAUGGAGCCUUGGAUGUACAAUUUUGGAGAUGGCAACGACAAAACCACCUUGGAGUCAGUAUGAGGGGGUUGCUGCUAUAUUUAAAAUUGGAAACAGCAAGGAACUUCCUGCGAUCCCCUACCACCUCUCAGAUGAGGGCAAGGAUUUUGUGUGGCAAUGUCUACAACGCAAUCCACUACAUCGUCCAACAGCUUCUCAGCUCUUGGAACAUCCCUUUGUCAGGAGUACCGUUCCGGUGGAAAGACCCAUUCUAAGUCCUGAACCUGCAGAAAUAAUACCUCCAUCCAUGCCUACUGUGAGAUCAGUGGCCGUCGGACAAUCACCUAAGCAUAUGAGUGGGAGACUCUCCCCCUCCACCAUAUCAAGCCCCUGUGCUGUAUCUGGUUCAGCAACACCUCUUAGUGUUGGCGGUGGUGCUGUUCCACUAUUUAACCUAAUGACGCCAACAACCUAUUCAUCAGAAGGUGUAGGAACAUCACCAAGGGCCCAAAGAAGCUUUUACCCUAAUGGUGAAACUAGUCACGAUCUGAAUCCUGACAUGCUUCGAGGGACUUCUCAAUCCCAUUUUAUCCAAGAAACACUUCCAUCUGACAAUGGUUUUGUUGGAGAUAAUUCUGGGGGCCCGGCUCAAAGGGGCGUGGCUGAACAACCAUAUCAGGGACAGUCAGUAUUAGCUAAUAGGGUUGCCCAGCAGCUCCUGAGGGAUCAAGUAAAAUUGGGCCCAUCGUUUGACCUGAAUCCUGGCUUUCAAGUAUUUGGUCGGGAUAAUGGGGUUUAACUUGUAAAAGCCACCUGAAAAAGGAUGGAUGCGCUUGAAAUAUCUCUUGGAACAAUUGUACAGUAACUAUACCAAAAAGUCUAGUUUGCCAAAUAAAAGUUUUGAAGCGGAUGAAAGGAGAAGGCAGUCGCAGGAUACUAAUGUUUUUCGCUGUCAGUUGCUAUUAUCACCGUCCAAGGAGCCAUGCAGCAGUAUAUUACAAUGACGUAUAAUUCGACUGGUUCAGAGAAGUGUAUAAUUUUGGUUCCACUUACAUGAGACACAGAAUGACAGAGAGGUACCAAGAACACACUUUCUUUUGGGCUCCUGGUUUGCAAACUUUUGGCAUAUAGAUCUUUUCUUCAUCAGAUUGAAAUACAAGGAAGGGCAGAUGUGAAAAAUUGGUCAUACUACUGUACAGGGGGGACUGAUUAAAAGGCUAGUUAGGGAAUCUCAGGCUUGCUUGUAAAAAUUUUAUUGGUAAUUGUUCAUAGCAAAGCUCUCUACUACUCGUUUGAGCUUUUCAGCAACAGCCUAUUGUAUCUUAUAUGAUGGUUCCCUAUCAGGUCUAAUCCAACUUUCAGUAAUAAUAGUAAACUUUUGAAGUUGAAUCAUGAAUGUGGUUUCAACUUUUA